AUGAGUAAUAAUAUGAUCAAAGAAGAUUUUGAAUACAAUGUCACAGGAAUACAACGAGUACGACCGAGUCUUUUGGAUCGUAAGUUCACUAGUCCGGUGAUUGAAGAUGUUAUCGAGAGUAUGAAGUUGCGUAUGAAGGAUAAAGACUUGGCGGUUUUAUUUGAAAACUGUUGGUCAAAUACGUUAGAUUCCGCUAUAGCAUGGCACGGUAAAUCGAAUGCGUAUCCCAGAACUUUUGUUGUCCCUGGAAACAUUGGAAUAAUGUUCAUAAGAGAUUCAACGAAUCAAAUGAUACCAUAUACUCCAUUCGCCAAACAUGAUCCAAAACUUAAAGAUUUGAUACUCGGCGUUAUAUUAAUGCAGGCGGAGUUUCUUGCUUCGGAUCCAUACGCCAACUCAUUUUAUCCACCUCUGGACUCAAAUCUUCCACGUCCUGAAAAUCCAUGGAGCGAUAACGACAAAACCACACCAUUACCAUCUUCGUCUGUCUGGCAAUCAAAAUGGGGUGCAGAUAAUUUGGCCUUCUUUCUAAAAUUAACAUAUCAUUAUUGGAAAAACACGAACGAUACAUCAUUUCUUAAGAAUGCUAAUUGGUCUCAAGCCGCUGAGUUAUCAGUGAAAGUUUUUACUGAGCAACGUCGUGCCACGAUGGAAGAAUUCGGUCAUGAAGCGUAUAAAUUCACACGGAAAACAAGAACCGCUAGUGAGACUCUAUUAUUAAAUGGAAUAGUCCUACACGAAGAACAGAUAUUAACCUCAACUCAAGACCAAGAAAUACUAGAAAAUCUUGAUAUACUCAAAAAUAUAUCUUUAGAAACAGGACUAAUAAGUCAAGCCGUUUGGUAUAAUGAUCCAAAAAUAGUGAGCCAGCCAUGGUUUGCCUCGGCGAAUUCGUUAUUCGGAGAAGCCAUACUUAGACUUGCCGAAGAGAAACCACAUCUAAUAUUCGACAUGAAAAUAGAAAGCACUCCGAAUUUCGGUCUUUCACAAAUUCUCUUGGUGCUUGCUAUAUUCUUUAUGCUGGCUUUCUGUUAUAUUAGAUGUCUAUGCUGUCGAAGAAGACGCAAACCGGUUCCUGAAGCGCAUCCUCCUUCGGUUCCUAAUGAAGAAGUCAGUUAUCAACAAAUAAAUAAUAUUGAGCGGGUGUAA